GUGGCAGAUAACUACAGAUACAAAAGUUUAUAUCAGUGUAUAUAUUGUAUAUCGCUAAACUCUUCGAGAAAACUGGAGAAAACUCUACUCGACGCAGUUUCCAUCCACUACGUGGUUCAGUGUAGCACACACAAACAAUCAGUAUCUGUUUGAAAUUUUAAACGUACACAGAAAUAUGGCACACUACAAAGGAGCAGCCAGCGAAGCUGGCAGAGCAAUGCAGUUAAUGAAAAAGAGGGAAAUAGCUCAGCAAGAAAUAGAAUUGAGAAAAAAGAAAAUAGAAGAUGACUUAAAGAUUCACAACAUAGAGAAUAAAUUUGCAACGCAUUACAAUGCUGUUGAGCAACAGUUAAAAACAUCUACUAUUGGUUUGGUGACUUUAAAUGAAAUGAAAGCGAAACAAGAGAAUAUAGUAAAGGAACGGGAAAGAAAACUUGCCCAAAAAGAACGUGAGAAAGAACAAGAGAAGGAAAGGGCUCUUGCUGCAAAGCAAGCUGAAAAGAAUAAACAGAAAAAACAAAUACAAGCAUUAUCGUUUAAUUUAGACGAAGAUGAAACUGAAGUUUCUGAUAAAGAAUCAGAGCCAAAGAUAGAGAAAACAAAAGAUAAUACUGAUGGUAAUCCAGUAAUAAAAAAGAUAAAGAAAAAUCCAGAUGUAGAUACAAGUUUUCUACCUGAUAGGGAAAGGGAAGAAGAAGAAAACAGAUUAAGAGAAGAAUUAAGACAAGAAUGGGCUAUGAAACAGAAUGCAUUAAAGGAAGAAGAAAUUGAAAUUACUUUCAGUUACUGGGAUGGUUCUGGACACAGACGAAGUGUUAUUAUGAAGAAAGGUAAUUCUAUCUAUCAACUACUUCAAAGAUGUCUAGAAGUUUUAAGACGUGAAUUCAGUGAACUUAAGACAGUCAUGGCUGAUCAGCUAAUGUAUGUAAAGGAAGAUCUUAUUUUACCACAUCAUUAUACAUUUUAUGAUUUCAUUGUGACAAAGGCGAGAGGUAAGAGUGGGCCACUUUUUACAUUUGAUGUCCAUGAUGAUAUACGUGUUAUGCACGAUGCUUCUGUUGAAACAGAAGAGUCUCAUGCUGGAAAAGUGUUGCUUAGGUCUUGGUAUGAAAGAAACAAGCACAUAUUUCCUGCUAGUAGGUGGGAACCUUUUGAUCCAACUAAAAGUUACGAUAAGUACACAGUAUCUGAUAAAAAUAGGAAAAAGGAUAAAAUUUAA